UUAUUGAGACAUCUUAUUCACCAGAUCGUUUUAUUUUUUCAUGUUUUGUAUCCUGCAGUUAUAACCAUGGACUGGUAGGGGCGUAGGAACAAACGGAAUGCAUUGUGAUUCCGUAUCCGUUCCGUGAUCCCCGGGUCCGUCUCACAUAUUAGGCAGAACGUUAACAAGGAAAUCCGUUCCAGAUCGGCGUGGGUUUUUCCGAGACAGACUGGUGUUCAUCAAUUCCUUUACUUGAUGCCAGACUUCAAAAUUUACAAAACAUACAAGGCAUGAUUAAGUGAUCAUACCCAUAUUGACAUCAUUACUACAGAAAACCAUGACAGAGUGCAUGGCCUGGUGAUCACAAUACAUUAUUUACUUGAUAUACCAUCGAGAUGGGAGCGAAGAGGAAAAAUAAGUUGCAAUGCAAUAUUUGCAAGGAGGUCUUUUUUAGUACGCAGACCUUGAAAAGACAUAAAAGUUUCCAUGUGUCACGUGAGCAAUCGGAGACAAAUGGCGACGGGGACUUGAGGUCAGAACAGGCUAUCUCCCCUGUCAUUCAGAAAUCAGAGAGUCGACAUAUUUUCAAGUGUGGAUUUUGCCAAAGUUGCUUCGUUUCACAAACAGUUUUGAAUCAGCAUAUGGCAAUACAGUCUCCUAAACAGCAGCACAGAUGUACAGAAUGUAGGAAAAGAUUCUACUGUGCACAGCAAUUUCACGAGCACUUUUUGACUCAUACCAGUCCGCGUAAGGUGUGUUACGUAUGUGGGGAAAUUCUAGGGGAAGACGAAGCAGUCUUUAAAUGUCACCUGUUGUCCCAUGCAGAAGUUGAAGAUUUGAACUGUGAAAACUGUAUGCAAGAAUUUGCCUCAGAAAGUGAUUUAGAAGAACACCAGAAAGAAUGCACCCCCGAAAAAUCGAAAUUAGUAGAGAGAAAAGAGAUUACCAAGGACAUGGACGGUAGUGACACGAACAUGAACGAAAGUGAACAUUUAAAUAAAGGCCAGGAAGGCAUGUUUACACACCAGGAUAUACUGCGGCACGUACAUCUUGACUUCAGCACUUCACCCGUUUCAAAUCCGGCGAGGGCACUAGAAAUUAAAAAGGAAGUCGUAGAUAUUGCAUACACACAAGUGCCAACCAGACGGAGCUCACGCACCCCUCGACCGUCCGCUAAAAAACUGACACACGAAAAAUUAGAAAAGGAUGGACUUGUAUGUGGAGUUUUCGGGAAGGAAGAUUCAAACAAAAGUUCUUUGGACACACAUAUGUUAGAGAACGUUAGCAGUGAGGGUAGCAUCCAGUGUAAGAUCUGCAAUAAAAAGUUCAAGCGCCGUCGAUAUCUUAAUGACCACAUGAAAAUACACACGGAACAAGAACCCCACACUUGUGAUGUAUGUGGAUUAAAAAUCAAAUACAACCCAUCCAACUUCCGUCGGCAUAUGAAAAAACAUUGCGAUAACCGGGAAUUUUGUUGCAAUGUGUGCUCAUUGCGUUUCUACAGAGCUGACGACCUCCGAGUUCACAUGAAAACACACUACAGAAAGAACAAAAAUGUGUGUGAUAAAUGUGGCAUUGGUUUCUCCACCCAUGAUAAACUUAGAAAGCACAAGAGGAGUCACAACGAACAACAGGAUGUAUCCUGUGAUAUAUGCCACAAAACUUUCGUCAGCAGAAUACAGUAUCAUGACCACUGCGGACGCGAACAUGGCGGGUAUUUCCCGUGUAAGCAUUGCGGCAAAUCUAUGAGCUCCAAAUACUGGCUUGAGAAACACAUGUUAGAGUUCCACCUGUCGGAAGUGGCAGAUGGCAGUCUCACAGACAACCAAGAAGAGGAGAAUGACAGCAGCAGUUUGAAACCAGUCAUUGAGAAUGAAUCGAUAGUUAAAAAGUACGAGCAGUCAUUGCUGACACCACCAGAAGAGUCGGAGAGCAAAAUCAUAGAGGUAUCAUUUCAUGAUGCGAUGCAGUCUGAAAAUGAUGCGUCUACUCAACCGAUGGAUGAUGCAGAGAGCGAAACGAAUGAUGGGGCGGGGAAUACAUUAUAUAAAGAAGCAAGUGUGUCAACUUUCGAUCUUGAUACCGAUGUAGUUCCUAAAAUAGAGCCUAUUGAGGCUGAUGAAGAGCCGAUUGUUCGAUAUCAGUGUACAUAUUGCGAUAAAUUAUUUGCCAAUAGCGGAAAUCUUAAACGUCAUCAGACUGAACACUGCGAGAAGACGUUUUCUAAUAAGGUUAUUCACAGUAUAAAUAAGCCUAAAAAUGGAAAGAAAGUCAUCAAGAAGUCCCCAGAGAAAGAAUUUCAUUGUCCGAAAUGCUCGAAGAGCUUCAGUAGGCGUUGUGACCUAUCGCUUCACGCUCGCGUUCAUGCCGGUGUUAAGGACUAUGUAUGUGAAAUAUGCAGCUCCUCAUACUACUCAUUAAGCAACUUGAACCGACAUAAAGAAAUCCACAAUAGUCAAGCAAACAACGUCUGCCAUGUAUGUGGGAAGUCCUUCGCCUGUAGGAACUACCUUUUCACACACAUCAGACGCAUACACGAGACCGACAGUAGCAAUCUUGAGAAAUAUCAAUGCGACGAAUGUUCUAGGAGUUUUACAUCAUAUUCCAACUACAAGCGCCACCAGCGGAUACACACUGGGGAAAGGCCCCACAAAUGUAAUGUUUGUAACAAGGCUUUCCGUCGCACUGACGACCUCGCUAUGCAUAAAAAAACACACACUAAUGACAAACCGUAUCAAUGUGAGAUAUGUGAGAAAAGUUUCAAUCAGCGACAUAACUUGAAGAAACAUUUGAAACGACAUGAUGUGGGUUUGAAAUUUGCCUACGGUUGCCCGAAGUGUAAAAGAUCAUUUCGUAAGGAAAAUACAUUUAAGCAACAUGUGGCUAGCCAUGGCCACAUGGAGGACGACGUUGUUUAUGACGACGAGCUUCAGCAGCAGCCUAUGUACAUCGAAUCUGAGGUUUCGGACCAGCAUUUACCGGUAACGGAGUCGUCAAGGGUCGACCGCACACAAUAUUCGCGAACGGCUGAUGCUAUUGCGGCAGCUAUUACUUCCAUUCAGCGUCAGGAGGAUGAUCAAGAGGAGGCUGCAGAGUCGGAACAGUCAAGUGUAAUACUAGGACGAAACGACAAACAGGUAAUAAUUGUUCUACCGAGUGGAACGGUCGCGCCUUUUCAGUGCAACCUUUGUGAUAGUGACUUCCCCGAAAUCGGCUUGCUCGUGGCACACAUGGUGGAACAUGGAUAGAGACAAACCUUUGCUGAUUUGGUUUAUUGAUAGUUCAUUUUGUAUUCCUAUAUUAGCGGGAAUUUUAUGUUAAGAACCCACCUAGGUAGAUACAUACCCCAUCAGCCAAUUCAUAUCUCGUCUUUUCCUAUCUUCACAUUCUUCUGUCAGAAAAGAAGUUUUUCACAAUAUGAUGAUUUCGACGCUGAAUAUUCGUUAGGCCAUGUCUUUUUAGUCUCGGUUAUAUCUAUGUUCUUGGAACCGCUAAGGUUCAACAUCGAACGACGUUUAAAUGGGCAAAUGUAUUUUGUACGAGCUAUUUAUAGACGAUCACUUAACAUAUCAUUUUGAAACAGAAAUGUGUUUUAUAUUCUCUUGUCUGACAUCUGAUAUACUAAAGUAGACAAAUGGAAAUUCGUCAGCGUUCAACCUACUAAAGCAGACCAAAGACAAUUCUUUGAUGCUUUAAUUAUAUCAUUGGCUAAUUACGAAUUAUCAUUGUUCAUCGAAAAUUAAAAAAAAUGACAUCGGUGAAAGUAAGUUAUUCUCAUAUUAGUAAUAUUAAACAUUCUGCUUGAUAUAUAGGCGGAUGGAUUUUUCGCGUAAUUUAUUGCUGUUAAUUUUGCCCCGCCCCCUUUUUGUGUCCAUUUUAGGCAAAAUGUCAGCGUAAGUCCUUAUUAAUUACUACAAGUGACUUCAAACGAUGUUGCGGAUUGGCGGAGACUUUUAUGUACUGAAAAUUAUCAAUGAAUAUGUUUGCAUGCCAUUUUGAAUCAUUAAAAUACUACUUUCCUGUGCAAA